CUGCGGCCUUGUCGGAACACUAGCCCCGCCGCUCGCCCAGCGGCCGCCGCAGCAUUUUCGGCUCGCUCUCGCCGGGCGCUGUCUCCGCCGCGGUCGUCGGAUGCCCCCACGCCUCCUCCUCCGCGCUUGAGCGAAGCCAUCUUCGGCACCAGCCUUCUCUCCGUCCACCGGACCCGCCAAUUCCCAAAACCCUAGCGCCAAAAUCCCCCAUUCCGGUCGCGCCAAUCGGAACCGGAUUUCCUCAGUUCCCGGCUGGCGCCGGCGGCGAGUUGAGCCUCGCUCUCGCCUCGCCUCACCACAUGUUGCAGCGAGCGCGUGCAUGAACUCUGCGAUGGAUGAGAUCAACCUGCUGCGGCAGGCGCAGCGGCAGCACCAGCACCACCUCAUGGUGCGCGGCAUGGGCGAGGAGAUUGACCUCGAGAUCGGCCCGGGCGACGACCCCUCUUUCUCCGGCGCAGACCUCGUCGCCGUCGCUUCCGGGCACCACGACACCGACGAACACAAGAGCCUCCUUAUCCCAUGCUCUGGCGCCGUGGAUGGGCAUGCGCAGCCUCCGGCGCCGCAGCCACAACUGGCGCACGGGGAGGAGCAUGACGGGAAGCUCCGGCGGCCUUCAGCGCACACCAAGAAGAAGAAGGUGGUGAAGAAAUGGCGGGAGGAGUGGGCGGAUACCUACAAGUGGGCCUAUGUCGCCGUGCACGACAACACCACCAGGAUCUUCUGCUCGGUGUGCAAGGAGUAUGGCCGGAAGCACAGGCGCAACCCGUAUGGCAAUGAGGGAAGCAGGAACAUGCAGAUGAGUGCGCUUGAGGAGCACAACAAUAGCUUGCUGCAUAAGGAGGCCCUUCGGUUGCAGAUGGCCUCCAAGGAGAAGUUGCAGCCCCCCGAGAUCGAGAGACCGGUCUAUGUCAAAGCUUUGUCGAAAACAGCUGCAUCAAUACUUGAAUCUGUCCUAAGGAGGGAUCCCCAUGAAGCUGAAUUUAUACAAUCGAUCCAGGAGGUGGUUCAUUCCUUGGAACCAGUUUUGGUGAAGAACACUCAAUAUGUUCAAAUUUUGGAGCGUUUGUUGGAACCUGAGAGAUGCUUUAUCUUCAGAGUGCCAUGGAUUGAUGACAGAGGUGAAGCACAUGUCAAUAGAGGUUUCCGUGUGCAAUUCAGUCAGGCAUUAGGUCCAUGCAGGGGUGGUCUCCGGUUUCACCCAUCCAUGAGCUUAAGUGUGGCAAAGUUUCUGGCCUUUGAACAUACUUUGAAGAAUUCUUUGUCGUUGUAUAAACUUGGAGGUGCUGCUGGAGGAAGUGAUUUUGAUCCAAAGGGUAAAAGUGAUAAUGAGAUAAUGCGUUUUUGUCAAAGUUUCAUGGAUGAGCUAUAUAGAUAUUUGGGUCCUGAUCAGGAUUUUCCCGCUGAAGACAUUGGUGUUGGUCCAAGGGAAAUGGGUUACCUUUUUGGGCAGUAUAGACGCCUUUCUGGUCAUUUUCAGGGAAAUUUUACAGGACCUAAAAUCUUCUGGUCUGGUUCAAGUUUUCGAACAGAAGCUACUGGAUAUGGGCUGGUAUUUUUUGCACGUCUUUUACUUGCUGAAAUGAACAAAGAGCUUAAAGGAUUAAGAUGUGUGAUCAGUGGUUCUGGAAAGAUAGCAAUGCAUGUUUUGGAAAAGCUUCUGCCGUGUGGAGCCAUUCCUGUUACAGUCUCAGAUUCACAGGGCUAUUUGUUAGAUGAAGAUGGGUUCGAUUAUAUGAAAUAUUCGCUUCUUAGGGAUAUUAAGGCUCAGCAAAAGAACCUCAAGGAGUACUUGAAAUCAUAUCCACAUGCCAAGUAUAUGGAUGAUGCAAAACCAUGGAGUGAGCAAUGUGAUGUUGCAUUUCCUUGUGCCUCACAUAAUGAAAUUGACCAAGGGGAUGCUGUCGCAAUAAUUAAAUCUGGUUGCCGUGUUCUUAUAGAGUGUUCAAAUAUGCCAUGCACUGUUCAAGCGGUUGAUAUCCUAAGAAAAGCAAAGGUCCUUGUUGCUCCAGCAAAGGCAACUGCUGCUGGUGGGGUAGCGCUUGGAGAACUUGAAUUGAACCCCAAGUUUAAUUUGAUGCAGUUGUCGGUGGAGGAUUUUGAGAAUAAAAUCCAGGAUGCAAUAAAGCAAACAUACGAAAGGUCAAUCAAAGCUGCUCAAGAUUAUGGAAUCAUGAAAGAGAACCCUGAGUCAUUGGUGCAUGGUGCGAACAUUUGUGCUUUCCUUAAUAUUGCCCAAGCCAUGACCGAUCAAGGGUGUGUCUAGUUAGGCCUUUGAUUUAGUCAAGGAGUGUCCUGCAACCGUGAGGGGAAAAAUAUAAUUUUCUGCCAAGUGCUUCAAUGCUUCACACCUUCAGCUUGUGCUACUCAAAUCGUGAAGCACCCAAAAUGCAAAGUACUUGGAACUCACCCUUGGCUUAUGCUAGAAAAUCUGUGACUAAGAUCACAAGAGCUUCCCUUGAGCUGGAAGGAAAGCCUCGUUUUUUUGUCAUACAAUAUAGAAGGAGCUGAUGUAGAUGGCUGAUGUUAUUAUCCAUUGUUAUAAACAUGGAUUUCAAUGGGAAGUAAAUAGAAGGAGCUGAUGUAUUAUCCAUUGUUAUAAACAUCAAUUUCAAUGGGAAGUAAAUAGAAGGAAUUCUUUUUGUCUGCA